GCGGGAUCAGGGCUCAGCAGCAUGCUGGCCACCGUCGGGAGCCUCCUGCGCCUCCGCCUAGGGCGCAUCCCCUGCUGCGCCCCGGGAGCGCCCCCAGAAGCCGAGCGGCGGCCGGUCGCGUCUCUCUGGCCCCGGGGUCACCCCCAAUACUCCAGUGGCGGGAGCCCCGGGGGCUCGGAGCCCGCAGGUUCUGCCGGGAAGGUCCAUAGGGUCCCCGCCGAGCACAAGCCGUCGCAAUUCGACAAGAGAAUCCUGCUGUGGACCGGGCGUUUCAAAGCGAUGGAGGAUAUCCCGCCUCGGAUUCCGCCAGAAAUGAUAGAUGCUGCAAGAAACAAAGCUCGGGUAAAAGCUUGUUACAUAAUGAUUGGACUUACAAUCAUCGCCUGCUUUGCAGUGAUAGCAUCAGCCAAAAGGGCUGCAGAACGACAUGAAUCUUUAACAAGUUGGAAUCUGGCAAAGAAGGCAAAAUGGCGUGAAGAAGCGGCACUGGCUGCACAGGCCAAGGCUAAAUGAUAUUCUGACAAAGUGUUCAUCGGAAUAUCAUCACUGUUACCAGCAACAAUAAAUGAUAGGUAAAAGAGAAUAUUUAACAAAGUACUUGUCAAGGCUUUAUUUUGGUAACAAGAAUGGCAAAGUCUUUUUUUAUUUCUACUUUUAGUAAACUUUUACUGAUGUAUAACAUACAUUUACAAAGUGCACAAAAAUGUACACAGUUUGAUAGAAUUUUAGUGAACACACCUGCAUAAGCACUGUUCAGGUCAAGACAUAAAACAUCUCCUUUCUGCCUCAUUUCUGCCCUCAGUCAGUCAUUACCACACAGAUAAAAAAAGAUGUUGUUUUAUCACCAUAGACUAGUUUUGCCUGUUUUAACUUUAUAUAAAUAGAAUGAUAUAAUAUACAUUUGUGUAAAUUCUUAUACUAUUAUAUUGUGAAAUUCAUCCAGACUCUGAGUAGCAGGAAGUCAUUCAUUUUCAUUGUUAUAGUAUUCCAUUCUAUGAGUAUGCCAGUUUAUCUGGUUAUUUGGUCCAGUUUUUGGCCACUAGAGAUGAUGCUAAAAUGAGCAUUCUGGGGAUUUCUUUGGCAGUCCAGUGGUUGAGACUGCGCUUCCACCACACGGGGCACAGGUUUCAUCCCUGGUUGGGAAACUAAGAUCCCACAUGCUUCAGGAACAAAAGUAAAACAAACUUCCCUUACCAGACAUCACGAUGUAGUCACAAAACAGGAUAGUAAACAGCAAAGAAAAUGAACAAACCACACAUAUAUGCAUCAAUAUGAAUCUCAAAAGAUGUUAACAUUGAGCCAAAACCUGAAACUCCCAGAUAUAGAAAAUAUAUGUAAACUUCCAGUUUACACAUUUAGAAAACAGAUAAGCGAGGCUAUACUUCUUAGGGAUAUAUACACAUGAGAUGAAACGAUGAAGAAAAGCACAAGGAUUAUUAAUAAAAUCCAGAGUAAUAGUUACAAGGGACUGAUAAUAAUUAAAUUGGAUGGUGAGUACACAGGUGUUUUAUUAUUCAAACUGUCUUCUUACACAUUAUUCUCUUUGUGUAUUUUAUAAUAAAACAAUUUAGAAGGUGGAAUGCUCAGAAAAUAAUGAGUCAUGUUAAACCCCUAAAAUUUUGCCAUGCUUUUUUAGACAACAGUUUAAAAAAACACCCAUGACUGAAAGGGAACAAGAGGGAUCCCUCAAGAGUAAAGCUGUCCAAAGUUUAGAACUCCCAAAUUUUAAAUAACAGGUACUUUUGAGCAUUACAUAUUAAAUUCUCCAAACUGCCUACUGCUUCCAAAUUUAAAUGUUUAUGCAAACGCUAGUGAGCGUUUUGACCUCUUUACUUGGUCAGCGUUUUAGCUCUCGUGGUACUGUACAGCAGUGCUUGCAAGUGCAACUACUUGAAAAUUUUAUUUCAUAAGAAUGGAAAAUUGAAAUGUUAAAGUGACUAAUAUUGAUAUGAUGUAUGUGUCUCUUAAAAGUGCAGACUGCUUUAUUGGGAGCAAGAAACCCUAAAAAUAACUGACAUAAUUACUUUUACUACUUUGUGAUUGACAAAGUUUCAAAUACUGAAGGAAAUGAGGCCAGAUGAAGC